AUGCUUACCAUUCACAAGAGGAAAAGGGAAGAACAAGACCUCUACGAGAUUGUGUAUCCUUUUGCGAAAACCUCAAGCAAGUGGAAGCAGUAUGAGUCAAUGGACACACCACAACGUCCUCACUUCGCUACAAUGGUUCAGAUGCCUCUUUCUAUGCGCGAGUUUUGUGCUCUAGCUUUUAUGCAAAUGUUUUACGACAUAUCAUAUAAAUUACAUAAUGGCGUUCCCUUAAGCCAAGUCGAACUAGAAGGCCACAAGGAGACACUUGUCUGUCUAGAGAAUGAGGGAUUCGAUGUUACAGCUACUCUGUCUCGGAUCGACGAGUUGUUGUUAUCUCCUCGUAACCCAGAGGAACAAACAUCAAGCAAAGGAGACUCUACUGUCAAGAAAACAACUCUCGUGAGGUGCUCUGGCCUCUGA